GGAGAGGCCGCCUAAUAAACAUUUCUCACAAAACCACUUUUUCCUCGACAUUUCUUCUGGUCACACCCGACAUACACACCAGUUCGCCACUGCUUACCUUUCAGUUAUUCUGAAUGUGUGCCGCUCCGCUGGUCAUCUCGCCGUUAUCUCGAGAUCAUUACGCGAGAAGUCCGCUCGGCGAUGGGCACGUUUCGGCCAUGUCUCGUGUUCCAAUUUCAUCGCUGUUAACAUCAGACUCGGAUCUCGUCCAGAGAUUCACCGAAAAUGGGCGGGAAUACUAUCGAUUUGGAAAUGACAUGUAUCUUUUCCCUUGCGAUGAUACUGAGGCCGAGCGACUCGAUAUCAUGCAUACUUUAAUUUAUACGACCGCUCUCAAAUCACGGCUGCAUCACGCGAGGAUGUCGGAUCCACGCCGGAUUCUGGAUGUUGGCUUCGGGACCGGAUUCUGGAUGAUGGAAAUGGCCAAGAAGUACCCUCGCGCGGAGAUCAUUGGUUACGAUCUAAUUCUUCCCGAUGGAAAGCUACCCAAGGCCGGAAACCAAUUUCGUUGGCUCGCUCCGGUCGAUUACCUGGCUCCGCGGUGGCCGACUGAGGAUGGAAGUGUAGAUCUGGUGCAUUUGGCCCAAUUAUGUGGCAGCGUCAAUGAUUGGGCUUCGCUUUACAAGAAAGCGUACAGAUCACUCCGUGCUACCACUGGACAAAUCGAACAUAUCGAAAUUGAUUGGACUCCCCGAACCGCUUCCGGACAGCCCAUGCCACAGGAGGCCAGCGCCAUGUGGCAAUGGUGGGAAUGGAUGAAGCAUGCCUCCCGCAUGGCCGGCCGAUCUAUUGUAUACCGGGACGAUACCGAGGAACUCCUGGAACAGGCCGGUUUCGUGGAAAUCCAUCACAAGAAGGUCAAAAUCCCGCUCUCACUCCACGGCCGGAAGGAUCCUCAGGAAUAUGCCCUGGCACAUAAUUACCAGUCCGCCAUGGCUUAUGUCGGCUCGGAAUCUUACAAGGCGUUUUGUAUGGCGCUCUUCACCCGUUGGCUGCAGUGGCCGCCGGCCCAGGUGAAUACUAUUUGUGAUCAGGUGCUAGCUGUGGCGCACAGCAAAGGCCUGACGCUACAUCAUGAACUGCAUAUUUGGACCGCUCGCAAACCUUUGACUUGAAAUUGAAGGAAAUCCAUCCUACGACAUUUAUCUUGCCAAAUCUGGAUUUUCGAAUUCCGAACACAUCCGUAAAGAAUAGGUUGUCGUAAACGGAAGCCACAAACCACCUCAGCCUGAGAAAACUGCGGCUUAUCCCUCGACAUCAAAUCCAUUUCCGGUCACUUUCCCUGAACAACGCGCGAACGUCAAGGAUAUCAGGAUGGAGCGUAAAAUUCCGGAGUU